AUGGCCACGCUCACCCGCCCGGUCGACGAGGACCUGUUGUCUGGCGCCAUAACCGUACCCGACCCCGGUCCUGCACCCGCGCCAUUUACUCUGCAGGAUCGGCUGGCGAUUGCACGGGCGCAGGUCGAGGCGCAAGCGGCGGAACGUUCGCUCGAUGGCGCAGCGUCGCGGGACUGCGAGACAGAGGGCGUCGCGCUCGUCCAGCAGACAGUGCUCACGACCCUCUCCGAUUUAUUAUUACCCUCGCCCGCACGACGACACUCGAUGCCCGCGCCCUCCUCGGCAUCCGCCUCGCCCUCGCCCACCGCCGCAUUACGCAAUCUCGUCCUCACGCUCCGCGAACGUGCCGCCGGCACAGAGAUGGUCGAGGCCGGCGACGUGCGCGCGCUGGACGAGACGUCGCUCCUUGCCGAACUCGGCCAGCGCGUCGAACACGUCGAGCUGCCCGGCGCGGACGGCGAUCUGGCGCGUGCCCUGGCCCGUGUACUCGGACUUCUUGAUCGGCUCAAUAGAGUUGGGCUCGCGUCGCCUGCUGUCGGCGAACACGACGGAGACGGGGAUAUCGACAUCUAUUCUACGCUCGCACGACAGCUGGCGGCUUUACAAGCUACGGCUCAGCCCGAGUCCCCGUUACCGCCCGUCCAAGCCGUCGAGCGUGCCUUGCUCUGGGACAGACUCUCAAGCGACCUCGAGACCGUCUUGCAACUCUGCCGCGCCCGCGCUGAGAUGCUACCGCCCCCAUCACCGUCACUCGACUUUGACGGCUUACCGGCAUACUACGAUAACGAGGAGAAGGAGCGGGAUAACGACAGGGAUAAGCCGCCCGUGUACGAGGACAGUCCCGCGGGUGCAGCGAUCAGGGCCAGUGCUGCGGACGAGAAGAUGAGGAUGGACCUCGACGCCGUCACGGGCGCUAUCGAUCGCCUGUACCGUCUCGCGCCACAACUGCACUCUCAGCGCGCAGAGCUGCGCAUCAAAACGCCUACGCCGACUUCGGCGAAGGGAAAGCAAAAGGCGACGCCGGCGGAUGAGGCGAAGCUCGAUGCGGCGGACUUGGACGGCAUGUUGAAUCUCAUCGGAAGGGCGUCGGCUAGGAAGAUGGCGGACCAGACGGCACGGAUGGAUCCUGGCGUGCUUGCGCGCGCGAAAGAGCGCUCUGAGGCGCAGCGGAACGAGUUUGUUGGGAAGCUUGUCGAGCAUGCGGGGUCCCGACGGAUGACGGGGCAGGACGCGGCGCCGCCAAGGGAGAGGGAUCCAGAGGCGCGGCUGAUGACGUUGCCGGAGUUCAUCAGGGAGAGUUCGAGAGAGCGGAGAGAAGAGCGAGAACGAGAGGUGAAGGAGAGGGAAGGGCGCGAGAGAGCCAAGACGCCGCCGAAUCUGGACAAGAGACGCAGUCUGAAGUCUCUGAGGAGCAGGAGCAUGAGCGCGCCUUCGCUAUCCUGGUUCUUGCGCCCAUCGUCAGGAUCAUCGUCCCGCCUACGACCAUCAUCGUCAGGCUCGACCGAUUCGGUAUCCGAAGAGCCCGAGCCGAAAGAGCGCGCGUUGACUUAUGUGGCGGAGCAUCACGCGGCGCUUAAGCAUGUUCUCGCGUUCAUCAGCAUGGACGGAAAGCUCGGGCUCGGGAACUUGGAGUAUGAGGUUGAGGAUGGGGAGUUGGUCGUGAGCGGGACGAGGAUGCCGUUGCCUGCGCCUGUUGCGGAGGGGAAAGUCGUGCCGUGGACGCAGGCCCAGGGUCAUCUGGAGUUGAAGCUACCGACUACGAGCUCUGCUUCCUCGUCUUCUCGGCCGAAUUCGCGUGCUGCAACCCGUACUCCUACAACGCCCAAUACGCCACACGAUGACGCUGAUGAGCCAGCGCCAUUACUGGACGCGACGACGCUCUCCUCUCUCCGCCCACAUACCUUAUCGUGCUCAUCCUGUUCUCUACCGCUUGUGCGCACGGGUCACGAUGCGCAGUGGGACGAUCUACCGAGCGAACAUUGGGCGGAACUCGUGGACGCAUGGAUGUGUCACGGCGAUAUGGCUUUAAACGAGCGUGUCGCCCGACACGCAAGAGGGAUGUGGCCGCGCGAUGGGCAGGUGCUUGUCGGCGGGAGCUACGUACUCGUCGGAUCAAGAGACGUCGUACAGUCAGGAUUGCGGGUCGGGGCGGCCAAGCCUGGCGAGGACUGGCGCUCCGUGCGCUGUAAAUGCGGGACCUACUCCGGUCGAUGCCAAGACGUCGACAGUGAAGACGGCCCACAAACCGUCUUCCGCUUCGCGAAAUACGCCAUCCGGCCCAUGACCGCCUCAGCCGACCCACCACGGAUCCCGCUAUCCGCAUUCGUACUGGCCGAUAUGGACGAGCAUGCCGCUGCGCACGCGACGUAUCGGUUCGUUGUGCUUGACGAGGAAGAAGCGCGUCCGAGAUUGUUGUUGUGGUUGUUCAAGCCGAGCUUGAAGCUUGCGUAUCGGUUGCCGAAGCAUUAUAUGUUGCCGGAGAGGGACUGUGUGAGGGCGGGCAAGGUGCUGUAUAAGAUCUUGGGACCGGGCACUCAGGGCGUUGACUUCGCUACGCUGCUCAACCGAUAUCCGGGCUUCCCGCAGGCGGAACAUCUGAUGUACCCGAAGGACGUGUGUACACGGAUUGCGGCGCUGUUGAAGGAGAGCACGAAGUGUUACCCCGAGAGCUUGAGGACGAUGACGGGACUCGAUGUCGGGUGGCUGUUGCGCGCCUAA